AUGCUUUCAAUUGACUCUUUUCGUAUCCGUGAAAGGCGAUUUCCCAACUCAGCAUUUGGAUUUCAUCCAAUAAAUGCUCCCAAAAAUGAAUUGUGUAUUUGUAACAUUGAAAAUACAUGUCCUCCAGGAAGGCAAGGAAAACGUGGACCGCCAGGGGCGGAUGGAAUGGACGGCAAGCCUGGACCUCCUGGUCAGCCCGGCCUUCCGGGAAAUUUCUUGCCUAUUCUGUAUGAUUUUAAUAGAAAAUGUCGAAUUUGUCCGAGGGGUGAAGGAGGAGAGCAGGGCAGUCCUGGAUUGCCGGGAUUGCCUGGAUUGGAAGGGUUGAAUGGAAACUCUGGAAGGAAUGGCCAGAUCGGUCCUUCAGGACCUGUUGGACCUCCUGGCCCUCCAGGGAGUCAAGGACCUCAAGGAAAGACAGGUAGCAAGGGAACGCCUGGAAAUGCUGCAAUAAUUGGAGAGAUAGGAGAUCCGGGCCCUAAAGGGAAACAAGGACGUGGAGGUAGAAGAGGCACACGGGGAAAGGAUGGAAUUAAAGGGAAGAACGGAGAGGCAGGUCCACGUGGAGAACCAGGAGAACCUGGCAAGAGAGGUCGGAAAGGCUUUCCAGGAAAAGAAGGCCCUCCAGGGGAGAAAGGCGCCCCUGGUCCUGAUGGUCUUUACUGUCCUUGCCCGAAGAAGGAUACACGCAAAGAAGUUGGGCGUUCACCGGGAUAUGGACCUGAUAACCCUGUUGGGAGGCGAAGGCCUGUUCAGAUCAAGAGGGGAGCAAGAACGAGAAAGAAAAAUGAGCACUCACGAGAUAUACCGUAA